CAUCAUUUUGUCUUUUCAUUCAUUUCUGAAGAUAAACUUCAGUGAUGUUACAAAUAUAAUUACAUACUUAUAUAAAUAUAUAUAUAAUAUUUAUCAUUUCUAUAUUAAUCGUAUGUUUACGUUUUUUCUCAUUCGAUGAAAUCUCGCAGUAUUGAACAUAUAUUAUUGACUCAAUGUUGAAUUUUUUUGAUCAUAAAUAAAAGUUCAAGUUUUCCAUCAAUCUGUAUCUUGUUGAAUGAAAAACGUGUAAAAGACAGUUUCAACAGACGAGUAGUAUUACGUGAUAUACAAAUGUUACCAGGCUUCGAAUUUUUAGAAGAAAACUGUCAGUUAGAGUUGUUUCACUCAUGGCGAAGCGAAUUGCCUAUCACUUCAAAAGAAGAAGAAAACAUAAUAUUCCCGGAUUAUGAUAAGAUUGCAAAUAAAACUGAAAAAGACGUAUUGGACUUAUCAGAUUUCAAAGAAUUUGACUUCAAUUUUCUACAAAAUAGUUCAGAAUUAGGGGAAAUAAAUGAGAUAAGGAAUGAAAUUAAAUUGGAACCUGAAAGUCCCGAUGCACAGUUUUCAUUAUCAUCCGGUAGUCCAAAUCAUUCGGAUUCUAAUGACUCAGAUAAACAAGAAACAAGAUGCUUUAAGCAAGAAGUAUCAAACUGUUUAACACAAAAUGUGGAUACAGAGCUUUCUUUAGGAUCACCGCUAAUUUCUUGUGUACAAUAUACAUCCUUGUCAUCACAAUCAUUCCAAUCAGCUUUAAAUGUAAUGCAACCAGUUGAAUUUGUAUCUAUUGACAAGGAAGAUGCAAAGCAAGCACAAUUUAUUCAUACAAAAAAGGAUUUUGCGAAACAUAUUAAUAUCCAAUGUUCCCCAGUAGAUGUCACACAACAUAUAAAAGAUGGUAAAUCUGAAGAUACUUUUAUUCUUCAAGAUUUUACAACAUUUACACAGAAUGAAAAUUCACAGUGUGUAUUGUAUCCUUCCAAACUUCAGAUGUUACCAACAAAGAGACAAAGGGUACAAAAUUCAUUAAAUAUUAAACCAACUGAUAUAAAAACGAAGACUGCAGCGCUUCAUUUACCACAGAACAUAAAAGUAAUUAACACUGUAGCAGAUAUUUGUCCAGCAAGUACUGCUGAAUCAAUAGAUACAAGUAAUCUGAUAAGUUGCAUACCAUUUCAAACAAAACAAGACGAAACAAUUUCACUAAUUGCAAAAAAUGAAGACAACAAUUUAACGUUUAUGACAAAAGACGAUCCAAAAUUUAAGGCAUUAAAAAGACAACAAAGAAUGAUAAGAAAUAGAGAGUCUGCUAGUCUCUCAAGGAAAAAGAAAAAAGAAUACGUAUCUUCUUUGGAGAAACGAAUAGAUGAGUUGAUGCAAGAAAAUACACAAUUAAAAUCAGAAAACAAAACUUUAAAGCAGAGAUUAUUGGAAAUGGAAGACAGUAUUACAGAUGAUAAUAAAUAUAAACACAAACGUAAACAUUUAAGUUUCAAACCUUUAUUAAAAAAGAAAGGACAAAGAAACCUUGUUCUCUUUGUAGGAAUGAUUUUCAUAAUAUCUUUCAACAUUCAUGGUCUCAAGGGAACACUUUUACAAAGUGUACAUUUAAAAACUGAUUCUGACAAUUUACCAAUAGCUAUUCCAGAUACGGAAAUCAGACACAGCAGAAGAUUAUUCUGGACAGUUGAUGAAAAUGAGGAUCAAAUUGAAAAAGAUUUCAAUAAAAGUGUACCGGCACACCAAUUAAUGUGUCCAAUGUAUAUUAAUCAGAGCGAAUUGAUACGCUUAGACAGCGAAUUGAGACGUUGGAUCGAUGGUGAAUCCGAUCGAAAUAAUCGAUCUACAAAAGAAAUAAAAUUAAAAACAAAUCCAUUAAAUGAGAUCUUGUCAUCAAAAUCACAAUUGGAAGAAAAGACAACAAGAAAACUGUACUUAUCGCGAGAUAAAAAAAUAAAAACUAUACAGAAAAUGAUCGAUAUUCCUGAUCGUUAUUCAAAUAACAACGCGAUUGAGAUCUUCUCUCCAAUAUUGAGUAAGCAUGCUUCUCUAUUUGAAGCUUUGGGAAAAAAAGAUGAUACGUUUUAUGUCGUCUGGUUUAGUGGCGAACAUUUAUUAUUGCCAGCUUCUCGAAAAAAUGAUACAGCACGACCUAAAAUGUCUUUAGUUUUACCUGCUGUAUCUAUAAACGGUACAUUCUCGACGCCUUCUAAUCAUAUAACAAUGAUGCAAAUUGAUUGUGAAGUGACAAAUACACAAAUAUUACAUUUACAACAAUCCAUCAUACCUGUUCACUUGCGAAAUAGUAAAUCUACAAGUCAAUCAAAUCAACCUCAGUCUGUUGAGGACAUAGUUAAUUCAUCCAUAGCUAAUAUAACCAGAAAUUACAAACCAUACUUUAUGAAAGAAGCAAAUCGAAAAUUUCGAAACAGAAAACAUUUAACUUGAGAUGAUUAUGAAGACAAGAAUUAAAGAUUUUUUGUAACAAGAAUGUUGUUUAUUUAUAUAAGAAAAAAGUAUGUUUCUAGUCUGGCAAUAUAAAAAAAAAAUAUAUGAAAGAUACCAAUCAUAUAAUAAUUAUUACAUGUGCAUAUAAUCACAGAUGUGAUUAUAUUUUAUAUCUUAAUUAUUUAUCUAGAAUCUAUAUAUACACACCUAUACAACCAUCUUUUUUUUUUU